AUGAGGGAGCUCCGUAGAGCUUCGCCUGCUCUUCUCAGAUGGUUCCGCCUGUGCUCUUCUAGAAUCUCUUGCUCUUACGGAUCCUCUCCUUCGGGAACUUCAACGAUUCCGCCUCGUCGCGGGGAUUCAUUUGGGCACGCGAAAGAGUGCUCUCGUUCGGUAUUCCGACCGAGGGAUCCUAGAUUUUCCCUUAGAUGUCCUGCUUCUGCUCCCUCGAGAACUGCCUACGAUCCAGAUUUUGAUGGGUUUAGGAACAAAUGUGGCGGAUUCAGAUGUUUUUCUUCGGAGAAAACCCAGGAGUUUCACGGUAUUACAGAGGCACAGGCCGCCCUGAUGGACUAUCUUCACUACACAAGAAGCUUCCAGUUUACAGAUGCCGAGUACAUAAGCAUGAACUCACCGAUUUUCCUCAGUAAUCUUCUCAAGAAGGUGAAGGAUAGACAGGAUAUUGGGCGUUCGAUCACCCGGUUCCUCCUCUUCCACCCCAUCAAUGAGUUUGAGCCGUUUUUCGAGAGCUUGGGCUUGGUGCCUUCUGAGUUCAACCAAUAUCUUCCGCGGGAUCUAAUGUUCCUUUCUGAUGAUAGCGUGUUGCUUCAGAAUUACCACACUCUGGUUAACUACGGCGUGCCGCGUACGAAGAUCGGGAAGAUAUUCAAAGAAGCAAUGGGAAUCUUGUUCAGCGAAGAUGGGAUCUUGAGCUCAAAACUUCGGUCGUAUGAGGAAAUAGGAUUGAGUAGAACCAGCAUCAUCAAGAUUAUUUCUUCUGCUCCAUCUCUUCUGAUCGGCGACGUUGACCGGGAUUUUGUCAGAGUGCUGGAGGAGCUGGAGAGCAUGGGCGUCGAUCGUGAAUGGAUUGGCAGGAAUCUCUCCGAAGAAAAUUCCUAUCUCUGGGGCAGGAUGAUCAUGCUGCUGCAGUUCUUCAGGCAAUUAGGGUUCAGUAGGAGGGAAGUUGGGGCACUGGUCAGAAGAAAUCCAGGCUUUCUACUUGAUAAUUCAGGCAAGAUGGUCUUUUCAGUGGUUGGGCUCCUGGCGAAAAUGGGCAGCACAAAGGAUGAGCUCUCUGGUCUGUUCCUGCACUUCCCUUCCAUUCAGCUUGAGAGCUUUGUGAAUAACUUGAGAUUCAGUCUGCUGUUUCUGACCACGAUUGGAAUGGAGCCAGAAGACAUUAAAGAAGUGGUUCGUUCCCAUCCACAGAUCCUCGGCUCAUGUUAUCUCAAGACUCCAUGCAGUGUUCUCACUUCCCUGAGCGUUGGGCACAAACGAUUGUGCAGAAUCAUAAAACAAGAUCCCCAUCAAUUCAAGAACUGGGUCUUCGGAAUGAAGAUAGAUCGGUUACCGAACUGCAAACAAGAUCAUAUCUCGCUUGAGCAGAAGGAAAAAUUUCUAUUGGGUUUAGGCUUUUCCGAGAACUCAAAAGAAAUGAAGAGGGCGCUCUCUAAGUUUCGUGGCAAAGGAGACGAGCUUCAAGAGAGAUAUAAUUGCUUUGUGGACGCUGGGCUGGAUCCAAAAGACGUAUCAAAGAUGAUAAAAUUGGCACCACACAUCCUGAAUCAAUCAAAAGAUGUUCUUGAGAUGAAAAUGGAUUUCCUUGUUAAUGGGUUAGGUUAUCCAUUGGACUCCCUGGUGACCUUCCCCUCCUUUAUGUCUUUCACUCUUGAGAGGGUCAAAGCCCGGUUCCUCAUGUAUGAUUGGCUCAAGAAGGAAGGGAAGGUAAAGCCCAAUAUGGCACCGAGUACCAUUCUUGCCACAGCAGAGAAGGUCUUUCUGAAGCGGUUUGUGGAGCGACACUCGGAGGGCCCAAAGGUUUGGGAGAAGUUCAAAAGAACUGUAGAUCAUUGCUGA